AUCGUUAAGAUGUGGUCGGUUAGAUUUCUAACUUUAAUAAGUGUGUCUUUUAGCAUAUGCUAUGGACAGGAAUUUUCGAAUUCGUCUGUAAUUUUAAAUCUUGGCGAUAAUUUGAUUAAUUCAACAAAUACAUAUUUUAACCAUACCGGCAACAUAAAUCGUAUUGUCGGUGGUAGACCGUUAAAUAUCAUUGAAGCUCCCUAUCAAGUUGCGAUAUACAAUAAUAAUUUUUUUAUUUGUGGCGGUUCCAUUAUCAGUGCUGAUUGGGUGCUAACAGCAGCACAUUGCCUUAAAGGUGGUGGCACGUUUAAAAUAAGAGCUGGAUCUCGUUUUCGAGAACGUGGCGGUGUUGUGCGUUACGCUCGAUAUGUUAUAGUUAAUUCGGGUUACAAUUUAAUUACAUUUAAUAAUGAUAUUGGCUUAAUAAGACUUAAAAGACGUUUAAAAUUUUCACCUAAAAUAAGACCUGUGCGUUUGGCUAACCCGAAUUUUAAACUACCACAAAAAUAUUUAGUUAGUGGUUGGGGAUCCCUGAGAGAAACAUCUAGCAAACCAUCAAAUGUUCUAAGAGGCGUAACAGUCGCUAGAGUUUCGCAUAAAACUUGCAGAAACAAGUUUAGACGGGAAUUCCCUGUUACAAGACUAGUUAUAUGUGCUGCUUCUCCGGCUAAAGAUGCAUGUGAGGGAGAUUCUGGUGGUCCUUUAACCAACAAUGGUGUUCAAUAUGGUAUAGUAUCAUAUGGUAUUGGUUGUGCACGUCGAGCAUUUCCGGGAGUCUAUACGAAUACUAGGAAACAGUUUGCAUGGGUUAGAAACGUUAUACGACGAUUUGGUGGUUUAAUGCCAAGAUAUUUACUAACAUAAUCUAAUAUGUAAACUAUUGUAUGUACAUGUAAUUUGUAAUUGAAUAAAGAAUCGUUAUG